GACGUCAUCAUUCAUAACACAAACAACACGUGGAUAUCUGUGUACCAUUUUGAUAUUGUUCAGCUAAUAUUGAACUUGGAAAAUCAGAUAAUUAUCGUAGUGUUUUUGGAUAAGAAGCGUAGAUACGCAACUACAUUAGAUGAUGACGUAAGGAGGCUGAGGCAAGUCUGGCCCAGCAACCUGUUGGUGUGUGGCUGCCUCUAUCGCCGUGUCACAACUCCGCAAAAUGGUUAGAAUGGUUAGACUUAACCAAGGUCUGAUGAGAUGGUGGUGCUGCAAGUCACCCCAUUUGAGGAUGUACUACCAGUGGUCCCCACCCCCUCUCACAUCCUCUCAGGAGGGGGUCAAGCACCAUGUUGUAGAUUUGCGCUCUGACACAGUAACUAAGCCCACUGAUGGAAUGAAGAAAGCCAUGAUGGAAGCUCUUCUAGGAGAUGAUGUUUAUCGAGAGGAUCCUACAGUCUCAGAGCUGGAGAACAGGAUGAUGCACCUUACUGGCAAAGAUGCAGCCCUCUUCGUCCCCUCAGGAACCAUGGGCAACCUCAUCUCAUUACUGGCACACUGUGAGCAUCGAGGAUCAGAGGUUCUACUUGGUGACUUGGCACAUAUAUUCCUGUAUGAGCAGGCUGGCAUGGCUCAGCUUGGUGGUAUACAACCUCAUAUAAUUCCAACUUCCCAUGAUGGCACCUAUGAUGCCAAAGAGCUUGUGCAUCGCUUGAGAGAUGAAGAUGUUCACUGCCCUAGAACAACUCUUAUCUGUUUGGAAAACACCCAUAACAAAUGUGGUGGUAAGGUUUUGCCACUUUCAUGGAUUGAUGAGGUAGGCGAGGUGGCAAAACUGCUAAGGCUGCCAGUACACAUGGAUGGUGCACGGCUUAUGAAUGCAUCAGUUGCCAGUGGGGAGAGUGCCAGCCGUAUCCUUGAAGCCUGCGAUACUGCCUCUAUCUGUUUCAGUAAGGGCCUUGGAACUCCAGUAGGCUCUGUCAUUGUAGGACCAGAGCCCUUCAUGUACAAAGCACUGCGUUUACGAAAAGUUUUGGGAGGAGGUAUGAGGCAGGCAGGCAUGUUAGCUGCUGCUGCUCUCUACUCCCUGGAUCACAUGGUGGAUCGGCUGGCCCAUGACCAUUCCCAUGCACAGAUGUUAGCACAAGCAAUACACCAAAAUGGAAAUAAGAUUGCUAGUUGCCAUCCAUCAGAGGUGCACACCAACAUUGUUGUUGUGGAAGUGAAUCCUGAUGUCCUGAGUCCAGAGGAGUUUUGCAACCGGUUGUCAGUGGUGGAAGAAGGAGAGAAAUCUGCAGUAGGAGACAGUAUAAUUGUGAAAGUGUUGCCUUGGACCAACACAGCAGUCCGCUUUGUCACCCAUCAUGAUGUUUCCACUGCUGACAUUGAAGCUGCAGCUGCAAAACUGAAAUAUGUCAUCCAGGAGAUAGAUAGUAAGAACACCUGAAGAAGGAUGUAAUUUUCUUUAACCAUGGUAUGUUCUGUUCAGAAAGAAGAGUUCAAGUUUAUUGAUGUUUUCUACUGCUGAAUGUAUAUGGCUAUAAUUUUAUUAGCUUACAUAUUUUAUAUUCAAUUAAGCCUUCUUACAUAUAGGGAAAUAAAAUCACAAAAUACUUGCAGUUCUGCUGAAACACAUAGGCUAGAUACUCAAACUUACAAAAUCAUACCAUAUUGUACAUGUGUAUGCUUAUUUCAGUUGAUUAUGUACCAUAUGUACCAUAUGUAAUUAGAUUUUAUUAUAGGUUAAAACUUAAGUGUCUUAAUAAUCUUAACAGUGGUAAGGUAUUCAUAUGAAAGUGUCCACAGCCUUCCAUUAUCAUUUCAGUCUUCUGUUUUUCUGUGACUGAUAUGAAAAUUGAAGCACUUCAUAUUUUCAUUGUGAAGUGCCUUAUAAAGCACCAAAGAUUGGUUAACUUCUCAAAGAUUUGUGGCCAGGUGCAGACUAGAAGCACCUAGCAGCUGAGGCUGCCUCAAGUCUUGCAGGUCCUGAGGGUUCUUUCAGUAGGGAAUCAGAUUUUUAUUAUUGUUUGUAAUAAUUACCCUUAAUUAAACAGUGCUCUGAAUCUUCCAUUUUGUUUGGUUCUGUUUGUAUAUGUAUUUCAUCAGUUUUUUUAACUGAUUAAUUUUUAGUCAUCAGGAUGUCUCUGAAUCCUUUGCAGUCAGAGGCUGCAGCCUCAUCAGACCCAAUGUAAAUCUACCACUGUGUGUGAUAUAUUAAGACUUGCAUCAAACAUGACCUCAUAGGUAAAAAUAAUUCAAAGUCUUUUAAAGAUAGCAGAACAGUCUAGUAACAGUGCAUGUACAGCAGUGUCACAACUUAUGGGCAAUUAACUUUCACUGUUUUUACAGUACAGUUCACACAUUGCCACAAAAAUCUGGCCACUUACCUUGGGCUUAUUAAGUAUUGGUUGCUGCACAUGAUAUACUAGUCAGGUGCUAUGUUUCAGUGUUCUCUACCUCCCCUUAUAUCUUAGUACACAUGAAUGCUUUGUCAAAGUCACACUCCAUUCAGUAUUUGUCUGCCAUGAAUCAUGCUGCUCUUUUUCUUUUUCUUUUUUAUUUAUUUUUUUAUGUAGGAGGGGCAGUGGCCAAGGACAACAAAACUAUAUAUAAAAAAAAGGCCCACUGAAGUGCCAGUCUCCAAACAGAGUCAAAAGCAGUAGUCAAAAAUUUGAGGAUAAGUGUCUUGAAACCUACAUCUUGAAAGAGUUUGUCAUAGGAAGGUGGAAGUACAGAAGCAGGCACAGAGUUCCAGUUUGCCUUGCAGUUCCCUUCCAAACAGACAUCUCUUGAUUAAUGAAAAAAUAAUGAGUUUAGCCAUUGCAUUUUCAUUUAUGUGUUUGCAUGUUAUUGUUAGCACAAUUUCAUGUAUUCAAAUAGGUAACUAGACCUGUCAGCUUGCAUAAAUAACAAAAAUAAAUAAAUAAAUAAAUGAAAAAUCAAAUGUGUGGGAGAAAACAAUAACAUAGCAGCUAUGCUCUUGACCUUGGCUUACUGGGAGUUGAUAAGUACCAGUACCAGUAUUCACAUGGUCAGGCAGUCAGUAUGAUUUACUUUUUUAUUUGUUUAUUUCAUUUUCUUCUUCUUCUUCUUCUUCUUCUUCUUCUUCUUCUUCUUCUUAUUAUUAUUAUUAUUAUUAUUAUUAUUAUUAUUAUUAUUAUUAUUAUUAUUAUUCUUGUUCUUGUUCUUGUUCUUGUUGUUCUUCUUCUUAUUAUUGUUAUUAUUAUUUUUAUUUUUAUUUGUUUUUAUUUAUUUACUUAUUUAUUUAUUUAUUGGUGUAUGUCACCUUUUAGUAACUGUCAUAAGUUUUAACUUGUAAGUAACCAAGUGUCAUGAGCCUGGCAUGAAUAACUGUGAAAUAAGUGAACAGAAUAGUACUUACUUUUAAACCACCAUGCAAGAGGCUGAAAUACUGGAAAGUUGCAGCCAAGAAAAAUAAUUGGUUUCUGAUAGCCACCAUAGAAGGAAAGUUGAUUUUUGCAAACAGAUGUCCAUCAAGACUUGAAUGUAGAUGACUGGAGGCACAUUCUAUGGACUGAUGGAGCCAUGUUUUGUUUUUAGUUAUACAAAGGGGAAAAGAUGUUGUGUAGUAGAGGUGUAAAUUCCUACAACCCAAACUAUUCAUCCAAGAUUUUCAAGGAGGAACCAACCUUACUAUUCAUCCUGAAGGGCUGAUAACUUCUGGGCAAUGAUCAAAAAGUGCUGAACAAUGAGGACAUGGCUUUGAUCAUUGAAUUGUAGAAUGUGCAUCUCUGUACAUGGAGGAAUAUUCCCCAUUGUAUUCUUUGAAUAAUGUCUGGCCAAAAUAAUCUUGAAGAAGUAAGAUGAUGCAAAGAUUACCAUAACAAUAUAUGAAAGGGUCAUUGCUUGGCUUUUAAAUAAAAUAGAUUACACAUCAUGAUCUAUGUUGGUUGAUAUGAUUACAUUUAUGAAGUCACAAAUGUGGCCAUCUCAAGUUGUACUAGGAUAUAAGUCUAAUUUUUAUUGUUUUUGUAAGUUAAUAUAUUAGCCAUUUCAUCCCCAACUGAAUGUUUUGUUCAAUAAAAUAGUUAAGGUGGGCCA